AAACAUCAGGCCCUCCAAAGACAAACAUAAUCCAACACCACAACAAUAACCACUGCUCUCUAUACCCUUUAAAAUGUUCUCCCGAGCAUUGACAAGAACCCUCCGGCCCUCUCCACAACCACAGUGCCUUUUCCGAUGGCCUUCGCUGCCACGACAGCCCCUCCAAUCCCUCCGCCAUCGGCAGUCGCUGCCACCACCACCGACACAAAUCCGCCUCAAAUCCUCCACCUCCUCCUCUGGCGGUCCCAAAAAAGGUGUCCUCUCAAACAUCUCGAACCGAAACCGCCUAAUGGCCUUUCUUGCAGUCCUCUUCUCAGCAACAGGCGUAACCCUCGGCCUCUGGGGUUACAGCACCUACCUCACCUACCUCGCCAAUACGACACACGCCUACCCAGAACCGGUCGCCAAAGAGCUGCGGAAAGCCCUGUACUACUCGCUACCUACCUCCUCCUCUCCGCGCGACGCAGUGAGGCACUUCCGCCUAGCGCUGGAGCAGUGUCGGGACCUGGGCAUGGACCCGCUCAGUGACGAGGUCACAGGGAUAAAAAUCGAGUUGGCGGGGGUGCUCUUACGCCAAGGGAUCAUCGAGAAGGGCAUUGAAGUACUUGAGGGCGUUCUGGACGAGGUUGUUGCUGCGGCAGAGGCGGAGAAGGUGGAUGAAGGGGUUAGAAGGAAGUUGUUGAAGAAGGGUGUGGAGAUUGCGGCGAGGGUCGGGGGGGUGUACGUUGGUAAGGGGCGGUAUGCUGAAGCGGAGGAGGCGCUUGGGUGGGCUGUAGAGACAGCGGUGAGGGAGGCUAGAAAACUUCCGAUUGAAAAAUCCCCCAGACAAGAACUCCACCAAGACUGGCUAUCAAACUUGGAAAUGUCCUCCCUGCUAGAAACCCUCGCAAGCGUCUACGAAUCCACAAACCGCUUCUUCCUGGCAACACCCCUCUACCUACACGCAUUAGAAUACAUGCCGCCAAACAACUGCCACUCCGUAGUCCUAAUGAACAACCUCUCCGCAACCCUCUCCCAACAACCCAUCACCCCCACGCUGCCGCUCUCCCGCGAACAGCUAGUAACAGACUCGGCCACGCCGUGGGCGCAGAAGGCACUGAAGUUGGCGAACUCCAUAAAGCCACCGGAUAGGACUGAAGAGUGUGAUUUGGGAUGCGCGGUUGCGAUGCAUAAUCUUGCGGAGUUUGCGGAGAUGUUGGGUGACAGGGAGUUGGCUAGGCAGCGAUACUUGGAGGCGAGGUCAUUGGCUAGGGAAAUGGGGGUCGAGGAGGGGGUUAUGAAGGCGGAGGAGGGGUUGAAGAGGGUUGGGGGAUAA